UGCUACAAAACACCGCAGUGGGUGGCGUUCAUACCUUGUACAGCUUCAACUACGUAGUCCGUGUCAAUUUUCAUCUCCCGGGAAAUAAAUAGCAUUUUUAACACUAUGGAAAGAGCGUCCCUCUUUUUUGCAACCAAUAUUAACGGCUUCCGCUCUCCGGUAAUGUUGUGUCUAGCUCUGGCUGCCCUGCUCGCGUCGGCAGUCGGGCAAAGUGAAUACCUCAACAAGCCCUCCUUCGGGCCUCCAGACUCUCACAUCCAGCUCCAUGAAUCUGACCCAGGGCUGAAGAAGGCUUUGGUUUUCGCUGAGGAGCACUACAACCAGGGCUCAAAUGAUAUGCAUCUCCGCAAAGUUAGCCGGCUUAUAUCUGCCACCAAACAGCUAGUUAAGGGGAUUCGCUACACUAUAACAGUGGAAUUGAGUAACACUGAGUGUAAGAAAUCCUCCAUGCUCAGGACAUGUGACUUCUACCAUGAGACACAGAAACUCAAGACGGAGAUGUGUGUGUUCGAAGUUUGGGAUAUUCCCUGGCAGGGCACUUCUACUCUGCUCAAACAGAAAUGCCAGCCUAAAGUGAUGUCUGAACAAGAAGACACCAACAAGGUCAUGGAUGCAUCUAUCAGUCCAUCUUUGGAGCAGGAGUCUGCAGAGCUGUUAGGAAGGUUUAAGCAGUUCAUGGUUAAAUACAAUAAGGUCUACAGCAGUCAGGAGGAGGCAGAUCUUCGUUUACACAUCUUUCAUGAGAACUUAAAGACAGCAGAUAUACUUCAGUCAUUGGAUCAAGGGUCAGCUGAGUAUGGAGUCACUAAGUUCAGCGACCUGACUGAAGAAGAAUUCCGUUCCACAUAUCUAAACCAGCUGCUGAGUCAGUGGACACUUCAUCAACCAAUGAAACUGGCCUCUCCAGCUCUAAAGUCAGCACCUUCCAGCUGGGACUGGAGGGAUCACGGAGCUGUUAGUCCUGUUAAAAACCAGGGUAUGUGUGGAUCCUGUUGGGCUUUUUCUGUUACAGGUAAUAUUGAAGGCCAGUGGUACCUAAGAAAUGGCACCUUACUGUCUCUCUCCGAACAAGAGCUGGUUGACUGUGAUGGGCUGGACCAAGCAUGCAAAGGGGGCCUGCCGUCAAAUGCUUAUGAAGCAAUUAAGGAGCUGGGUGGUCUGGAGACUGAGUCGGACUACUCCUACACUGGGCACAAACAAAAAUGUGACUUCUCCAACAGAAAGGUGGCAGCCUACAUCAACAGCUCUGUGGAGCUGUCCAAAGAUGAGGGAGAAAUUGCAGCCUGGCUUGCAGAGAAUGGACCAAUCUCGGUUGCUUUGAAUGCCUUUGCUAUGCAGUUCUACAGGAAAGGUGUGUCUCACCCUUUGAAGAUUUUCUGCAACCCUUGGAUGAUCGACCAUGCCGUACUAUUGGUGGGAUAUGGGGAGCGUAAAGGUAUUCCAUUCUGGGCCAUCAAAAACAGCUGGGGAGAGGACUAUGGGGAACAGGGUUACUACUACCUGUACAGGGGUUCUGAUGCUUGUGGGAUUAACAGAAUGUGCUCGUCAGCUGUUGUCAACUAAACAUUGUUUGUGUGUUUGUACACACACACACACACCCACACACAUACAUAUACAUAUAUAUAUAUAUAUACACACACAGUGCUUAACAAAUUUAUUAGACCACCUGUAAUUUUGUCUCAGAGACCAU